AAUAAUAAUAAUAAUAAUAAUAGAACAGUGAUGCUGCCAGAAAGUAGUGAGAACUUUCCUUGGCAAUGGUUAAUUGUACGUGACUAUGUGAGAAGAUUUCAAGAAGGAGAUCUGACUUUUCUUAGUUACUACUAUAUCAUCAACAUUUAAGGGCUAUCAUUUAUUAAUAUUACUUAUCAAGUUAUUUUAAUUAAACUAAUUUGUAUUCAUUCAUUUUUUUCUUUUUUUUUUUGAUUUAUUUUUAUUAUAGAUCAUGAUAAUAUAUUGUUAAUAUCCAAUGUUAUCCUUCUUUCUGUCUCUCUCUCUCUCUCUCUCUCUCUCCUUUUACCUAUCCAUUGACCUUUGAACUUUUUAAAAGAGAACAUAUUUAAACUAUUUUUGUUUUAUUCCUUUCUUACUCUUUUUAUUUAUUUAUCUAUAAAGUAAUAAUGAAUAUUUCUCUUCUUGUUUAUUUAUCUUUUUCGUUAUAUACUACUUAUUGUUUAGCUCAAAAUGAAUCAAAUCUAGUUGAUCAAUUAUCAAAUUUCUUUAUACGAAAUGAAACAUUUAUGAAUAUUCUAUCAUUCAAUUGGUUAAAUUAUUUUAUUAAUUUACCUGGUUCUAGUUAUUUCAUUGCAUUUAUUUAUUGGUUACGUCAUCCAUUACUUUUAUGUUUUUUAUUACCAUUUUUAUUAAUAUUUUUUAUAUAUUUUACUGUUCUAUUAUUACAUUUAUAUCAUUUACGUUAUUGGUUACGACGUUAUUUCAAUCAUUUAUUCAUUAAAUUUAGACAAUUAUCUAAUACAUCAACAAUAUCAACUAGUUCUAUAUAUUUAGAUACAUUAGUAGAAUUAUUACGUCAUAUUAUUGUUGUUAUAUGGGAUGCACAUGGACGUAUAUUUCAUGGUUAUGAAAUAAUUGGUAUGGAGAAAUUACCAUACAAUGGACCAAUUUAUUUAGUUUAUUAUCAUGGUACAUGUCCAUUUGAUGCAUAUUAUUUUACAUCAAGAUAUUGUAUUGAACGUGAUAGAUUUCCUGUUCCUGUUGUAGACAGAUUUUUAUUUCGUGUACCUGGACUUGGACGUUUACUAGAAACAAUCGGUGCAAUUAAAGGUUCUGUUGAUGAAUGUGUUGCUCAUUUGCAACCAGGUCAUAUUCUUAAAAAUGGUAAAGUUUCACAAGGUGAUGUAUUAUUAAUCUCUCCUGGUGGUGUUAGAGAAGCUUUAUUCUCUGAUGAAUUUUAUACAGUUAUGUGGGAGAAUCGUCGAGGUUUUGCACGUAUUUCUUUAUUAUCUGGACAACCUAUUUAUCCAAUGUUUACAGAAAAUAUUCGUGAAACUAUAAGAAUUGUACAAUUUGGUAAAGGUUGGUGGCGUAGUUUAUAUGAACGAACACGAUUACCGUUAGCUAUAUUUUAUGGUUAUUUUCCUGUUAAGCUUAGAACUUAUAUUGGUGAUCCAAUUUAUCCAUUGCCAAAUGAAACAUCUGAGGAAUUAGCUAGUCGAGUUCGUAUAUCUAUUGAAGAACUUAUCAAUAGGCAUCAAUUAAUACCGGCAAAUCUUUUUUGUGCUAUUAUGCAACGAUUCCCUAUAUUCGAUCGUUGGUUAACAAAAUAUAAACUUAAACGAUUUCAUCAUUAUCAUCAACAUCAAAGACGUACAUGA